GUAUUUUGGUGUGCAUGCAGUCUAAUUGAACUGGUAUACUCUGUUGAUAUGGAAGGAUAAUUGUGUUCAUUUAAAUCCUCAGUCCCUCGUCUAAUCCUGCUAAUUUCGAUUCAGCACUGGACAGCUCCUCUCGCAGUCAGCACUGGGGACGGCAGUUGAGGAUUCACACCAACACACGGAGAGCUCAGCCAAUACAGACACAGCUGCUUUCUGUGGAUCAGAUAUCACCGCGCGGGGAAAUAAUUUUCGACCUCAACGCGAGAAUCGAAGAGUGAGGAACCAGCUCUGGGCUGUGUUGCUGUGAGGACAAGGCCAGCGUUUACAUUAGAAAUAAUAAGCGCAGGCGCAUUUGUUGAAUUGUGAGUGCGGGGAAUCAUAGUUUUACCUUGUGUGUAGAAAGGAUCAAAAGAAACUAUCGCUGAACGCUUUACAAACCCCUUUCAAAAUAGGAAACUUGCAUUCUACUUGGCAAAGAUCCGAUAGACUUCAGCAUGCCACAUAACUUUUUUUGAAAGGCGAGCCCUCAUAUUUAAAUUCGGGGUUUAUUUGUUGUUACACAUUUAGUUGUUUUUAUUUUAUUUUAUUAUUAUUAAUUUGGAGGUCAUCAUGAUUGUGUGUAACACCAGUGCCAUCAAAGACUGGAGCUAUUUCCUCUCUCAGAUAUUACCGCUUGUCAACAGAACAGCCAGCCUGGUUCAUCAAAGUGUCAGCUCGAUGGAAGCCACCACCAGUUCCGUAGUGAGCGUCCUGGAGCCAGACCGCAGCAGUUUCGUGCCAAACAGCCAGCCUGUGAACACCUCGAACCACACCACUGGACUCGAGCGCCUGUUCCAGUACUCCUACUCAGAGAAUGAACUUCUGUAUACUGACUUCAAGCCCCCUGCCCGGGACGCGAUCCCACUACCCAAAGCCGUGCUGUACUUAUUAAUGGCAGCGCUCGUCGUAGUGGUCGUAGUCUACGCCAUCGUGGGGCACCUCAUUAAGGACUUGGUCCAUGAAUUUGUGGACUGGAUAUGUGGUCCUAGUCCCGAUGACAACAGCAACAAGAGUGACGUGAACUGCAUCACAAACAGCAUGAACGAAAUGAAUGACGUCACUCACUACCAACACCUGGAUGAAAUAAACCGAAUGGAUAGGAAUCAGACUGAGCACGAGGUCGGCGCUGAUCAGCUGAUCAUCACUAUACACGAGACUUCACAGUUACCCCGGGGGGAGGCGUGCAGCGGCACUUAAACCUACCGCCGUGUCUGUAUAAUAAUACUCUUUCAAUCAACAGCUCUUGUGUGUCUCUGGACGCUGCAACAGCCCGACCUAUCGGGCAGCGGCAGAUCGGCUCUCGUUUUAACACAGGGGGGAAGUUCAAGGAUAAUGCAUUAAGCGGGAUGCGUUACUGCAAAGAUUUAGCAAAAGCUACAUUGCUGUUCUGGAUCGUGGAGAGGAAAGAUUGUCAGUUCUGUGCACUGAUGUCUUAUGUACUUGUAACUGUAAACAAAUAAAAAUAAAAAUAAAGACUUUCAUUUUACCUUCACAGUGGACUUAUAAACAGAGCUAUUGAUUGGAUAUGCGCACAUCUGAACACUGGUACACUGAUGGGUUUAAAUAUCUCUUUGGAAUCCGUACAUUUAUGUUUUAAAGAUGAACAAUCAUUUUAUGAAUUCUAAGGUAUGAUUGUGUUUUGUUUUCAAAGUAUGAGGAAAAACAAUUCUAAAUACAAAGUAUUUCAAGCUGGAUUUUACAUGUCAUUAAGUGUAUUGUAUCACUGUGUAUUUACAUAGUAGUUACUUAGUAAAUACAUGUGUACUUACACAUAAUCACAAUGUUAUUAUGCAUAGUUACAAUGUACUUAAUGUGUAACAUUUUUUUGCAUGAUGUAACCCUAACUCUAACUCUAAACCUAACCAUAACCCCCUAACACUAACCCUAACCCUUUUCUGAUACAAUUGUGUACUUACAUAUAUAUCAUACAAAACGAUGUACAUGUGCUUUAAUAUGUAUAAUAACACUGUAAUGAUGUGUCAGUACACAUGUAUUUACUAAGUAACUACAAUGUAAAUACACAGUAAUUAGAGACACAAUCUAAAAUGUUACCAUUUUUACUAUGGUUAUUUUGUUUGUGAUUGAUUUAGUAUUUCAUCAAAUUCAUGCUCAGAAUUACAGAGAAACACAGUAAAGUUGCAUUUAAUGUUUGAUUCAAAAUAUACUGUAGGUGUGGAUAUUUUGAGAUUCAUUUGCAUUUCAUUCAUAUAAAACCGCAAGGGAUUUUUAGUUUUUUAACCGAAAUGCUGCCCUCAGGGAAUAUGCAUGACUGCAUUACAGAUUGCAGGCCUCGGAAUGACUCUGUAGUUGCAUUAAAAUACAUACACCACAAGAGGGCGCUGACACGCAAGUUUCUCUCCAGUUUCUCUGAGAUACGAAUGUACCAACGUAUGCAUUGUACUGUUGCAUGGAAUAUGUGGCAGAUAAUGAAUAUUGUACAAAAAUAAUCAGUCUCUGGAAAUGAAUAGAAUAUGUUUUUGGGAUAUACACACACAGACCCUUUGAAACUGGGCAGCACAUUGCAGAACAGAUUUAUUUUUAAAUCCCCCCAAACAAAUUUGUAUUAUAAAUUGUAUAAUAAUUAAGAAAGAGCAAUGGAAAGGAAAACUGCGACAGAUUGAGUAGUGUGUCACUAGAGGGCGGAGGUGUACCAUUCACAGCAAGCCUACAGACCUUGGGCUCUGCAGUAUCUAAUAAAACGGGACCAGAGUCUCUUUCAAUAACCCCUGGCUCAUAUUCAACAAAUAUAUUUCCAGCGUAAGGUGUAUUCCGAAAAGCAAAAAUUUAAAAUAACGUUCAGCUCGAGACUUGACAGAAAUACGGUCAGGCACACUUCAGAAUAACGGAAAUGCGAGCAGCCUCCUUCUUCGUUGACACUGAAAGAAGGGAGGGAGCCCUAGCUAGCUCCAGUCGUUAAAUCUUGCUAAUCUGUAGAUACAAACACGUUUAUUUGGCUGCUCCUUUCAUUUCAGAGUGGCUGUGUUUUGUCAGAUACAAUUGGAAGGCGGAUGAUGUCGGGUGGGUCAUGUUUCUUUAUUUCAGUUUCACAGGACAAGCCCUUGAAUUUGUCAUUUGUAAAGUGUAUUGUACAUAUUUCUUUGGCACAGCAGAACUGAUUUCUUCCAUAAGUUAUAUUAAAUUAUAUCCGUUUUGGUCAUCUGUCUAGACAUCAAAGGCAUGUUUUUCGUCUUUCUUUCAGCUGUCCUGUGUGUCUGCAUGGUUCAGUGUCUGACACAGAGACACAAAACACA